AUGCCUGAAAUUGACAAGCUUGAGAAGGAAGUUCAACAAAUGAAGUGGAAUGAUCGUGCUCGUGACAAUCGUGGAAUCUUCCUCUCAUUGAAGGAAGUCGGUGAUAUCAUUGACGAAGCUACCAAACUUCAGGUGCCAGAUUAUAACGAUUACUUGAUCUACUACAAAGAACAGAAAACUGCUGGUAUGAAUUGGGAAGUGAAAGCCAAAGAAGUCAUUGGUGCGGAGACUGUUCACUACCCACAAUUGGAGGCUUUAUCUCAACAAGCUCAAGUUGCUUCAUUGCCUGUAUCGCAAGAAACACUGGCUCAGGUUGAUCAAAUCUUGAACAAGCAUCGAGAAGUACACAAACAGAUCGUUUCCCUGUACGACAGAUGUAGGGAUCCUGACUACAUGAAACGGCCAGCUUAUGCAGAGGUUGCCGUACUUCAAAAAGAACUUCAAGGUUUGGGUAGCAAGCCAAGUGGCACUCUGGAUUUGGAAAAAGAGAUAAAAAGACAUGAAGAUUGGAUGCGUAAAGGCAAGAAGUUAUUCGGCAAGGCAAAUGCUCCCUUGCAUAUUCUCAAGCAACAUAUGGAAUAUGUCAUGGAACGAAAUGUUGAUUGUUUCGAUAUCAGUCAAGAUAAGCCGCGGCUUCCUGCCGAACCACUAUCCCGUGAACCUUCUCCUUCAAACGACAAACUUCACAGUUGGGAAGAUCCAAGGUUUCGAGAAGUAUUCUGUAUUUGUCGAAGAGUUGAAGCUGGUAUGAUGAUUGAGUGUGAGCUUUGUCAUGAGUGGUAUGAUCUUCCGUCUCUAUCUUGUAGGGUUUCACUAAUUAAUAAUAGGUACCAUGGUAAAUGUUUAAAGAUUGCUCGUGGAAAAGUCAAGGAUGACGAAGUAUACUUGUCCAAUUUGUGACUGGCGUGUGCGUAUACCUCGUGAUGCAGCUAGGCCUAAACUCGAGGAUUUACAAGCGUGGCAAGAUGAGAUUCCGUCUUUACCAUUUCAACCUGAUGAGGAAGCUAUUCUUGAAUCUAUUAUCAAUAAUGCCCAAGAAUUCCGAAGUCACAUUGCACCAUUUUGCAAUCCAGUCAUGGCAACAGCAGACGAAUCCGAAACUCAACGCUUUUAUCUACGAAAGAUUGAAGGUUCAGAAAUACUUCUUGCAUAUGAAACCAAUUUCUUCAGACAAGAACUUCAUAAAUGGUCACCAGUAGCACCAGAACCUCCGCCAGUCCUUGAAUCCUCGAAAUCAACACGAAAGCCUAGACCAACCAAACUUCAAAAGUUAAUGGCGCAACAUGGGGUUGAUGAUCCAGAAGCUUUACCACAAAAUUUAAGGACCAAACCUCACAACUUUAAAAGAAAGAGCAGUGAACCUAGUGGAAGUCGACCCAUGCCUUUGCAACCUGCCCCAGGAAGAUCACAGCCUGGAACCCCCACGGCUCAUAGUUUUGCAUCUAGUUCUGGUCCAAGUAUGGGUCCUCAUGGACCGGUUUUGAGUGGGAUUCCAAGUGCUCAUGAUCAUGCGCACCCUUAUGCCACUUACUCGCAAGAUUCGUAUACUAGUAUGACUGCUUCAACAAAUCCAUCUCCAGCUUUUGCUCCACAUGCUUAUUUGCAUGGUGGUGUGGUUGGAACACCUACAUUUGGUCAUACAUCCCCACAUCGUCCGAACAUUUUCAGUGAGGCUGGAUUAUCAAGGAUGGAUCCUUCUGUAUCGCUCAAUAGUCCAAUGAGAGAUAAUUUCUCUUUGGGGGUUAGUAGUGUUGGUCAAACUCCUUUAGGUGUCACUGCUGGUGAAGAUAAGAUCUUGGGAGAUAAGAUGUUUGGAGAACUUACGAAUGGUGAUGAAGAGUCUACAGGGAAUAAAGAGGUGUCAUCGGUUGAUAGAAAACCAAUUGAUGACAAGGAUGCAACUGAAGCUACGAAAUGGGAUGAAGGAGGUGAUAAUAUGGAGUUAUUCUUCGAUGGGCCUUGAUUAAUGAUUUGGUGGUGGUUCCGAUAUUUUUCCAAAAGUGGUCCUGGUUGGCGCAUAGAAGACGUCAUAAGAAGUUUUAAUGGCGAAAGAACAUAUAGAGCACAUUGGGCGCUGGCCGGUAGCAUUCACGCGGUGUUUCCUUUUCAUAUAUGGCUACUUCAUGGAUUGAAGGCGUUUCUUGGUAAGGGGUUCAAUAAUCUAAACAUCUAAAUGAUGUUUUGUAACGGUGUAGAGGAUUCCGAUUUCCCAUGAGAUGUAUUAUUUGUUUUUUUCUUUUCAUCAUGCAUGGAUCGAUGGAUGGGAUCGGAAUGGCUUUGGUGUGGAAUUGCUAACAUGUUUUGAUUUCCGUUUGGUAGCAAGAUUUGCAUUAAGAGAUUAGAGGUGUGUGGUCUAGUGAAUGGGAGUGAGGUGAUCGCAUACAUAUAUGUGGGUUUUUAUAUUUAUGAUGCAAUGGAUGGAUAGGUUUGUGACGGAGUUUGCUCUUUGCUUUGCUUUUUUGUGGUAGAAGGUGCUGUGCGGGAAUGGGCAGAAUUGGCUGGGUUGGCGG